AGUUUUAGUUAAAUGCAGAUAGUAAUAGCUAGAUCGUUUUGCCUGAAGAUAAAUCGUGUUUCAGUUCGUGUAUAUGUUUUAACAUUAGCCAUAGCCAAUUACAAGACGGAUGGCGGAGGUACCGGAGCACGUUAGAAAGUUUUUAUUUCGCUCCUCAGAUACCAGAAACUCAGCCACUGUUGAGUGUCUUGAGGUCUUGAUUCCGGAGGUAGUAAGUCCGAGCUAUGGCAUGUACACAUGGCCUUGUGCCCCAGUGCUGGCACAGUAUGUUUGGCAUCAUCGUCACAGCUUUACCAAUUGCACCGUCUUAGAGAUUGGUGCAGGAACUGCUCUUCCAGGCAUUGUUGCUGCAAAAUGUGGUGCCCAAGUGAUUCUUUCAGAUUCUGGCCAGUUACCCAAGUGUCUUCGCAAUUGUCAAAUGUCUUGCCAGGCAAAUGGUAUAGCUGGCUCUGUUGCAGUUAUUGGGUUGACCUGGGGACUCUUUACCCCUGAACUAUUGCAUCUUGGACCAAUUGACACCAUCCUGGGUUCAGACUGCUUUUAUGAUCCUGCUGUGUUUGAGGACAUCCUUGUGACAGUGUCAUACUUACUGGAGCACAACCCCAGGGCCCAGUUUGUUUGUUCAUAUCAAGAACGGGCAUCUGAUUGGUCCCUGGAACACCUUCUACACAAGUGGAAUUUGUCUUGCACAGAGUUAAAGUUAGCAACUUUUGAUGCUGACACAACCAACAUAGCAGACUCCAACCUACCUGGUUCUCACACAAUUCAUGUGUUUCAGAUCACCAGAAGCUCCAGCAGUUGA